GUACACAACGAUCUCUGGGCCCAGGAUAUCCUAUCAGAACUGGUUGACACCACGUUGACAGACGCCCUGGUCGCUAUCGUAGGCCGAUAUAUGUUCGCUGGUUUGUCUCGACGUUCCACCUUGCCACGUUCGCUUCUCUCUGCCACUUAUCUGAACGAGUUGGAGCCUUAAAACUGUGAAUGAUCGGCGUCCAAAUAUGUCCACCUGGGAUCCAAAAUCAGAUGUCCUUCAAUCCGGUAUCAGAGGACGUGGCAUGUCUGCGGCCUCCUGGACUACGGAUCCGGACUGAGCACCUCUUACCAGAAUAUAACAGGCCUGAUUCCGAACAGAACCCAGGAUAUAAUGAUAUUCUCAGCCCUAGGGACUUUCAGUACCAUACCUUCGGCGUUCCAAAUCAUUUUGCUUCCCCUCCGCCUCCUGCACGUCCUGCCCCCAAGCGCGUUGAUUCUACGUUCCUUCGAGCGCGCCGAGCUGAGCGAUACAGGGUUUCUUAUGAUGCACUCAAGACCGCCUUAGGUCGCUGUGACAGAGCGACGCAUGACUCCGUCGUCGGCGCCUUGGAGGGCGCAGCAGCGUAUAUGAACUCCGUGGUCCACGAAACGAAGCAAAGGAUUGAAGAGCUGCGGACGGAAUUAGCAGACAGGAGUAGUCUUGAUAAGGAAACUGUCGCUGACAUGCAAAAAGAGCGAUGGAUGAUCGAGAGACGAUACGUAUGCCUCGAAGGAGACGAAAAGCUAGUGGAGAAGAAGGUUCACGAGCUUAAGACGAAUUCUCAUGCUCCCGCUCGUAACGACGCGAUGGACAAGUCCGGACAUGAUCUCUCAAUAAUGAACCCGGACUCCAGACGCCGUACCAACCUUGCCAUGUUCUUCGAACGAUCCCCGACGAAGGUUUAUGCAUCACGUCGCCGAAUGCCCACGCCUAUACGAGUCGACAAUACGACACGCGUCAGGACCCCCAAGAAUUUAUCGUCUCCCAAACGGCUCCGCCCCCCUUCGCCCAGGGCGUAUUUGAAGGCCUGCUGGAAGUUGAGGCCUCUGCCCGACCUCCCGUCACCAUCCACAACCUCCAUCAUUGCGUUCCCUAGACAGAAGACUACAGAGGAAAAGUAUCGGCUGUCAUCUGAAAUGAUAUCCCCGACUCGCGCUCGUACUGUGACUGCAUCAACAGCGAGCGACUCCGCGUUCUCUCCUAUAGAUGACCAUCCGCGUACAUUUUGGGGGACUGCGCUAGUCCAACGACCAAUCAAGCUCUCCGCAGGAACGGAUCCCCCGAGUCUCCGUAUGAAGGUGUCUGACAGCAACUCUCCAGCGGACAUCCCUGAAUAUGUCUGGGAUCUUUUAGACCAGUUUGAUCUCGUCGGCGAGGACAUCACGUUCGCGUCUGACCCCCCACCACCCUCCCCCGCUUUGCCGCAAUUCGCAAGACCGCAGUAUCACUUUGGUUAUUCCGAUUCCCGGUUCCAAUUCUCUCCUUCUGAUUCUCUACGCCCAUCAUCUCCAGCAGAAGAUCCUCCCCCAUCCCAGCCAUCCACUCCACAAACGCCCCCGCUGGGCCACGCACGGCGGCGCACGACCGCGUUCUCUCUCAGCCGCUGGGCUGCGCCUUUCUCGUUCUCCUCGGCCUCGUCUCACAGACCGCCAGAACUCCACGUCCACAUCAACACUCCGAUAAACACCCGCCGGCGCUCACAGUCGCACCCGUUGCCGCUCAGCCCCGGGCUACUCUACGCGAUCCCCGAGUCGCCCAACUCGGCGAUGCUGUCGCCGCCGCCUGUUGCGGCGAGUAUGCGCUCGCGCGGGUCCGCGCGGUCUUAUCGCUCGCGAACAAAGUCCAGCAUUAGCUCGCUGUUCCGGCUGGGGAGCAGUCCCGCGGAGGAGAGUCGGAGUCAAGAGACGUUGUUCGGGCAAGCGACGUCGCCUGAGAGCUCUAGAGAUCCAUUGGCGUCGGCAACAGCGAUGUCUUCGCCUUACUCGCCUUACUCGGCGAGAGACGAUGUGUCUGCGUCGCUGACGGAGCGCGGGCGGACGUCGUCCCUGCGGCUAAGCCGCAACGGCAGUGUGGUGGAUAGACUGAGGAAGAGGCUGCAUGUUUUCAACUGA